AUGUGCUCCGCCCCUGCUACAAGUGAAGCGUUUCGGGACCCGGGAUUCUUCCAUUCGGUAACAAUCCCAAACGUGGAGCGAGAUUCCGUCCUCCAGAUCAAGACCGGCAAUGGUGUAUCAAAAGAGUUUACCACAUCUCCCCGCCUUCUCGCUGGGGACGCUCUAAGACACAGCGUGUUCAUGGUUGGUGACUUGGGCACGAGUGGGGCCGGCCAGCUCGGGGGCUUCAACGGCUUCGGGUUCCUACAAUUCCCACCUUCGGAUCCAGAUCGCAUUUUGUCGCAUAUGCGACAAAAUGACAGAAUCCGACUAAGCAUCAUUUAUGGUGAUCUCGCAUAUGCCAAUGGCUUCUCUACCGUAUGGGACCAGUUUGGUGCUGAAGUUGAACACAACAUUGGUAUGAAACAACCGCUGAUUACGAGCGUUGGCAAUCAUGACUACGUAUCAUUCGAUAAUCCUCAGGGAUGGUACCCUCCUUUCGGUAAUUAUGAUUUCCCCGACUCCGGUGGUGAGUGUGGCGUUCCCUUCACUCAUCGUUAUCCGGUCGGCUCAGAGGAGGCAAAGUAUUGGUAUUCGUUUGACUAUGGUUUGGUACAUUACGUUAUGAUUUCUACCGAGCAUAAUUAUCUCAACGGGAGCGAUCAACACAAAUGGCUGGAAGAUGAUCUCGCUAAUGUUGACCGGAACAAGACCCCAUGGGUCAUCGUUACUGGUCAUAGGCCGAUGUACACGUCCUGCGCCUUAGACAAGUUCAACGGGGAUAUCGCCGAGGCGCUAAAAUCCAAUGUGGCUCCUUUGUUUAAGAAGUACAAUGUAAGCAUCUACUUCACUGGCCACAUACACGCUUAUACUCGUACUUCUGCUAUUGACGGCACGGUCCACAUUCUAGCUGGCUCGGCACGAUUCUUGGACCUUGUAUGUCCAAUUGGCACCAUGCCUCAUGUGGAGAAGGCUUUAAGUGUAAUUGGUUACAUUGAGCUCGACGUUGUGAGCAGGAGUGAGCUCCGUGGGACAUUCUGGGGAUAUAAUGUCACUAGCGGGGAAGUGACAAUACAGGAUACUUUCACAGUCGGUGGAAGAUAA